CAUUAGCAGUGUGACAUUCGUGUUAGCUUGAGGCGGAAUGUAAACACCAGCGAGAAUGAAAGAUGCGAACUCAUGAGGCGAGUAGAAUGGCUUACAGUUCCAAAACAGCGACUCUAAAUGCGUGGUGCAGUGUGUGCUGAGCUCCGUGACGCCCGGACACCCUUUUUACGUUGAUAUAGAAGCAUAUCCCGCCGCCUUUUGUUUUCCCCGAUAACUCCAUGACGCGGUCUGCUCUGUGAAGAUGGAAGACGGGAAGCAUUACGGCGCCAUCGGGGACAGACUCACAAAGCCAAGUCUCCGUAUAGCACAGGGCGGCGGAACGUCCGAAGUCUUUACUGGUCUUUGUCAGAAGAUGAAGCUCGUCCAUUUUGUUGGGUAGGGAGCGUAGGCUCGCGAGGUGGAUCGAUGGAAAUGCCAAUCUGUAUCCUCUCUUUUGCGGAGCUUCACUUGGAUGCCGGCGGGGUUCCCCUUACGUCGCCUCCAUCUCCAUGCACCAUAGACCGCAGUCGCCCCCCCUGAGCGGAUUUGCAAAAGUUGGUGGAAGAAAGUCCGGGGUAUACUCCCUGAUGUUUAGCAAGUCUUCUCUUGUGUAAGUGAGGCGCGUAAUGUCUCCAAAGACGAACGAAAAACACAAAUACUAGAGAGCACGAAACCGAGGCGUCCACACGGGUAGGCGCCAUCUUGGACAUGUCCCAUGUCUUGAGAUGUUACAGACCAAGUUUGAAGUGAAUUAGAUGAAAGCUGUAGGAGGAGUUCGCAAAAGUAUAAACCCUGCAAAAAUGCAAACAUUUAAAAAAAAAAAAUAUUCUUCAAAAGGUCAUAGGUCACUUCCUGUUAGGUUUACGGUAUGACUCGCACUGACUUGUUUGUGCGUCUGGGUCUGCUUUAUAUGCGUACCAAUUUUCUGAGCCGUAGGUCAACCGUAGCACCGAGUUGUGCGUUUAUGUAAUUUAGGCAUGCUUCUAGGGGGCGCUGUUGAGCCAUUUCUUUUUUUUUUUUUUUUUUGGUAAUCGCACAAAAAAAGCUAAUUUUUCACCAGGCCCAAUGUUUGUGCAAAAUUUCAUGAGUUUUCGUGGAUGUUUAGAGCCUCAAAAAUACACUUAUUGGUGACGACUAAAAUAAUUUAAGAAUGUAGAAUUUUAUAAUUUCUCUGAAAACAGAGACCUCGCAGCUGUAGCUGCUUGGGCUUUCAUGAUUGACAACUUGGUCUUUAUUGUGUAACAUGUAACAGUGAGACACAUGACAGCCAUGAAAGAAGCUUUGGCAACGAUUCCUUUGAAAGCAAUACACGGGUUUAGCCAACAGAUGGCGCUCAUUUGAAGUCUGUCAAAUGAAGAAUGGAUGACUGAAUGAAUGAAUGAAGCAGUGAAUCAUUUCAGGCCAAUUGUCUCCAAGUGAUUCAUUGCCUCAGCCUCGGCAUCCCUACUAUAUUGUGCUGUCUCAUAAUACAGCGCUGGCAACUUUAUCUGAGACAAAUGGGUGAGGACUGUUUUAUUUAUUAUAAAAUUGUUGGCACAUGUCGUGUCUGGCACGCGAGUGUCGCAACAUCAAAGAUGUGUUUUUGCUAUACGUAAGCUGUAAAGCCAACAAUCCAUAUAUGUAUACAACUUUGAGUAAAGGUGGGCGUCACACGAGGCGCAACCGCAUAUGGACCACCCCCCGUCCUCACAGAUUGAGAGCUCCUUGCGCUACCGCUCGGCUAAAAACUCCGGACUGCAAGUCUACCGCCCAGCAGCCUUUUUAGGUAGCGAAGGCGCAGCACCGCUCGCCACAGUUACGUAUCUACGCUACAGCAUCUCACUGUGCUUGUAUCACUCUAAAAAAAUAUAUUGUAAAUGAAAUAUUUUUCCUGCAAUUGGCUGGCGACCAGUUCAGGGUGAACCCGGCCACUCCCCCAGAGACAGCCGGGAUAGGCUCCAGCACGCACACAACCACAGUGAGGAUAAGCAGCUAGGCAAUGGUGAGCAGGCUCAUGGCAGGGGAUUAAAUUAGUUGGAGAGAGAGAGAGGAUGAAAUGAGAAAAAUAUCCAUCAUCCUAUACCACUUACCUAUCAAGUCAACAGGUGAGCUGUAGCCUAUCCCAGCUGACUUUCGGGGAGAGACGGGCUGCGCUCUGGACUGGGUGGCAGUCAAUCGCAGGGCCUCGUCUGUGUGGAGUUUGCAUGUCCUCCAAGUGCUUGCCUGGGUUUUCUCCGAGUACUCCGGUUUCCUCCCAGAUUCCAAAAACAUGCAUGGUACGUUGAUUGAAGACGAAAUUGCCCGUAGGUGUGAAUAGUUGUUUUGCCCUGCGAUUGGGUGGCGACCAGUUUAGAGUGUACCCCGUCUCUCGCCCGAAGAUAGCUGGCAUAGGCUCCAUCACGCCCGUGACCCUAGUGAAGAGAAGCGGUUAAAAGGAUGGCUGGUUGCAGAGAAGACUGGCGCUCCUCUCAGCAAACAACAGUACACCCGCAUCCCCGCCCCUGAUGCAUUUUGUGUUGAGAUUGAUUGUUUGUGCAGUGGAAAACUACACUUAAAAAAGAUAGCUCCAAUCAGCGUCUAUGGGAGUGGUCAUGCAUGGCCUUGGUCAGACAGGUUAGAACGCAAUGAGAUGCAUUUAUUUUUCCAAUCCUGUGGCAUAAAGGUAGGUAGAGACUUUUUACUGUCAGUUUUGUUCUUUCAGGUGGUGAUUUGAUAAGUGGUACAGAAAAUGGAUGGAUGGAUUUUAUAGCUUGCUGGUUUUGUUGCCAAAAUGAAAAUGUUAAUUAUCCGUAUUUUCUAAACGUGACUUUGUCAAAAGGCAGACAGAAACAACCACCAAAAUCAAUUCCAAUGCUGAGUCGCAGAUCUUUGAACAUCGCUGUUCUAUGCCUGGUGACCAUCAGCAGCAUCUUGUACAUUAUUUUGAUGAACAACAUGAGUGCGGUGGCGCCUCCGAAACAUGACCGAGCAGAAUUCAGGUCCAACCUGAACAGCUGCUGUCGAGGGUUUGAGACGGCCAUCGUCUCGCAGGCCAAAAUGCCCGUGGGAACCGUUCUCCACUACGACGGAGACAACACUGAGCAGAAGGUGACGCCGGACAUCUUCAAAACCUUCAUAAAGCAACAGCCGUUCUCCAAAACGAUGUUCAAAACGUGCGCUGUGGUCGGCAACGGAGGCAUCCUGAAGGACAGCGGGUGCGGCGAAACGAUUGACUCGGCUCAGUUUGUGAUGAGGGCCAAUCUACCGCCGUUGGACGACACAUACGCCAAAGACGUGGGGGUCAGGACGGACGUCGUCACAGCCAACCCCACCAUCCUCAUAAAGUACAACUCUCUGUUGGAUUUGGAAUCAAAGCAGAAAUUUGUGGAAGCAGUCAAGAGCUACGGGGAGGCCCACAUCAUCCUUCCCGCCUUCUCCUUCAGCUUCAACACGCUGGUGUCGACGCGGGCAGCCCAGACCCUGCAAGAUUUCCGCAGCCCUGCUCGUGCCGUCUUCUGGAACCCAGAGUACCUACGCAAUCUGUCCCGGUUCUGGGCCGCCAAAGGCCUCAAGCCCCGUCGGUUAACCACUGGCAUAAUGCUGGCCAGCCUGGCGCUGGAGCUGUGCGCCCAAGUGCACCUGUACGGCUUCUGGCCCUUCAGCCAACACCCGAACGGACACACGCUCACCCAUCACUACUACGACAACAUCCGUUUCAAUUCGUUUUUCCAUGACAUGCCCAAGGAGCAUCAACUGCUAUCCGAGCUGUUCGAGCAGGACUUGCAAGUCGGGGCGUGUCCAGCCAUUGGAAGGGUGUGACUCUUUUCCACCUUAGGAAUCUUUUUCCUACCAACCACAAUAAUAAUAAUAAUAAUAAUCCUAAACCGCUGAGAUACUGUGAUAAGCAAUGUAUGUUGCAGGGGUGCAAUAUAUUGUAAUGUAAAAGUGUAUAAUUUCUGUUAAUGUGCCAUUACUGAGUAAAGGCUGUUUUGCAGUUUGUAUCACGAAUUUUGACAUUGAACAUGUUUUUGAUAUUUCCGCUACUGCCUGAAUUAUAAACAGUAUAGAGUUAUAGGAGUCUAACUUACGCCCUUAUUUUGUAGAUGUUAAGACUGAAGAAUGAAUGGACAUAUCGUUAAUGGACAAUUCACACACACACACACACACACACAUACACACAUACA